UCUCGUCUCAGCGCCGCGUCAGCGAGUGCAGGCAGCGGGGCUCCGGCCGGGCAGCGGGGCUCGGGGGUGCUGUUCCGUCCGAGCCGCACCCGGGGCUGGCGCCUCUUCCGGCGGCGGGCAUUCGUACGGACGGUUUUUUCCGUGGUCAGUGCUACUGAGAGGCUCAGGCUCUUCUCCUGCGUGUCAGUACGGGCCAUCGCCGGGUUUGUUUCCCUCCUGUGCAGGCACCUCUGCGUCGUUGGAAACGUAACCCGUAGAUCCAUGAGGAUUUCUUUCUGAGGAAGCGCUAGCAAGGAAAAACAAGACCACAAUGAAACGCGAAGCAUUUCUACAAGUUGUGUCUAAGGAGUCAAUUGAAGACUUCUUGCGUUAUACUCAGAAUCCUAAAAAUACAUUUAGUCCUUUUGACUUGAAUGAACUACUUCAAGAAUUGCCAAGAAAGCAAAAAGAAAUACUAUGGGAGAGGCUGACACAGCUAUUGACAGAGACUUUGAUGGACAACCCUGUGGAAGCAUGGCAGAGGAUUGAGGAUGAUGAAAGCAAUGAUGACAUGGAAGUUGAGAUAGUUCCAGAAAUGAAACAAACUGUAGCUGUGAUCCAAGGAGUGACAGCUGUAGUUACUGCUUCCAUACCUGUAGUGGAUGAAACUGCAAACUAUAAAGCUCUUGUAGAAUGUGCUUUUAUCUUAAACGGUAUUCUUCCUGCAUUACCUGAAUCUGAAAAAAUCCUACAGGGUGCUAUCCAGCAUGUAUGUGAAAUGUGGUGGGAGAAAGGACUGGAAGGGAAGGAGCAGCUAGGGAAGACUCUGUUUAUCAUUCUACUAAGAAAAAGCCUGAAUAAAGCUGCUCUGGGUGCAGAUAUAAUUCGUCUAUGGAAUCUACAUCAGACGUUACUUUGUUUUGACUAUGAUUCAGAGGAUAGUAAUGAAGUCAAGGACUUGUUGCUUCAGUGUUUUAUGAGUGUAAAACACGUUAAAAAAGAAGAAGGAAGAAGAUUCUUGAGCUUUUUGUUCAGCUGGAAUGUAAACUUCAUUAAAAUGAUACAUGGAACUGUUAAAAACCAAUUACAAUAUUUUCCAAGAUCCUUGAUGGAAUACAUUUCAGAAGUUUACUUCAGAGCCUGGAAGAAGGUGUCAGGAGAAUUCUUAGAGAUACUUGAACAUAGCUGCAUUCAGGAUUUCAUGCAUCAUGGAAUCCAUCUUCCCAAAAGUUCUUCUGUUCAUUCUAAAGUUAGAGAGGUGCUGAGUUAUUUUCAUAAACAAAGUAAAGUUCGUCAAGGAGUUGAAGAAAUGCUCUAUAGAUUGUACCAACCUAUCCUUUGGAGAGCACUGAAGGCCAGAAACUCAGAAGUUCGAUCAAAUGCAGCAUUUUUGUUUGUUGAUGCUUUUCCUGUUCGUGAUCCCAAUUUUAACACUGAAGAGAUGGACAAUGAAAUUCAGAAACAGUUUGAAGAACUUUUUAAUCUCUUAGAAGAUCCUCAUCCAGUUGUCCGCUCUACAGGGAUACUUGGAGUUACUCAGAUAACAUCCAAAUACUGGGAGAUGAUUCCUCCAACAAUUCUUGCUGAUCUUUUAAAAAAACUAACUGGAGAGCUGACAUGUGAUGUAACAUCUGCUGAUGUUCGAUGCUCUGUUUUUAAAUGCCUACCGAUAAUUUUGGACAACAAACUAAGUCACCCAUUACUGGAACAGCUCCUGCCAGCAGUCAAGCACAGUCUUCACGACAAUUCAGAGAAAGUGCGAGUGGCUUUUGUUGAUAUGCUGCUGAAAAUUAAGGCUACCAAGGCUGCUAAGUUCUGGCAAAUCUGUCCCAUGGAGCAUCUUCUGACUCGUCUUGAAGUUGAUUCGCGGCCUGUGUCACGACGCAUAGUGAAUCUCUUAUUCAACUCUUUCUUUCCCAUUAACCAACCUGAGGAUGUGUGGUGUGAGCGCUGUGUUACUCUAAUCCAGAUGAAUUCAGCAGCAGCUAGAAAGUUCUAUCAAUAUGCUUACGAAUAUACUGCCCCCACCAAUAUAGCUAAAUUGAUGCUUACUAUUCGGCGCUGCUUGAAUGCCUGCAUCCAGAAAGCAAUGAAAGAGAGUCUUCAUGAUAGUGACGAUGAUGAUGAAGAAAGUGAAAAGGAGAAUACAAGUGUGUUGAAUAAUGUAUUGUCAAUAAAUGAUGUGGCCAGCAUGGCAAGUUUGUUGGAGAUCACUGUCAUUCUCUGGAGAAGUAUUCACAAAGCACUAGAUCACAAUGAAGAUGCCAAAGAUUAUGCUGUCAGAAAAUUUGCUUCUGUACUUCCUGAAUAUUUUAAAGUAUUUAAGGAUGAGCGUUGCAUGAUACCGUUGGUUAUUCUGGCAUCCUUUAUGCCCCCUGCUGCUAUUCCUACAUUCAGCUGUGGUGUGAUCUCCAGACUCAGAAAUGUCGACAAUGGAGCUGACCAAAGCAAAUAUUCUACCCUGAUAGACUGCUUGUGUCGCUGGGGUCAAGUGGGACAUAUUAUGGAAUUAGCCUGUGAUUGGUUGUCUGACACGCUCACCCCAAGAAAGGGUAUUAAAACAUCUGAACGACGAGUACGUAUCCAUGUAACAGAUGAAUCGAAGCCAGAAUUAGCAAUUGAUUACAUUGAAUAUUUAUUGACUCAUCCUGUUAAUCGUGGUUGCCUACUCUCUGUUCCUAAAAAGAAACUGAAGAAGCUUUUGAAAAUUCUCAGUGCUGCAAAGGAGGUUCUUGGCUCAAUUCUGAAAGCAACUGAUGCAGGUUCUGACAGAUGCAAUCAAGCAACUGGCCUAAGAGCCUUCAGCCUCUUUUGCAGGUUGAGUAUUCAUCUUCAGAACAAGUUUUCUGAAGAAGGAAAAGAUUACCUCUCGCUUCUGAAGGAGACAGGUGCUUGGAUAGAAAGUCAAGUUGUACCUUUUAUACUAGCAAGCGAUCAAGAGGAUGGCAUUUCAAAACACAGUAAUGUUUCUGAAUUAAUUAUCCAGGCUUACCUGACAGUAUGUAAAGAUGUCAUAAUGGUUGGCCUUGGCAAUCUCACCUUUCAAGCACAGCUUUUAGAUAUGGCUCUUUCAGUUAUACAAACAGAGAGAGGUGGCUUUUGUGCUCCAGUGUUACUGUAUACUCUAAAAGAAAUUAUUGAAGCUUCUUUAACUCAGAAUACUGAGACAGAUGAAGUGGCAAAUCUUUUCCAUGCUGUACAGACCGUCUUCCAGAAAGCUUUAGAAUGCGUGGCUCGUAGACUCAAGAAACAGCAGGAGGAAGGGAUUCAGUUGAUUCAUUCUAUUCAAAUGCCUCUUGGAGAAUUCGUACAUGCAGUCCAGUGCUGGCAUUCAUCUUGCCCAGCAGUUCACCAAGGUGUACUCUCUACUCUCCUGGCUGCAAUAGUAGCAGAGAUAAAUUAUGUGCUACAGAAGGCUUCCAGUGAAAAAGACUUAACUAUACCAAAGACUAUUUCAGACCUUCCUCCUCUUUCAAGCAGUUUAAUGGCCAUAAUCAUGAAGUCAGUUAAUGUUGUCAGCUCAUUUUUAAGUGAAUUAAUGGAAAGCAUUCUCUCUGAAGAAAUUAAAGGGAUUUUUAGUCUAACAGCCACUGUCUGCAUUGUGAUUAUAAUUAAAGGAAAGCACAAAACUUCACUUCUAAAGGAUAUUGCUUCUGCUAUUCAAAGGAAACUGAUAACAUGCAGGGAUGCUGCCACAGAAGAAUCUAGCAGCACUGAAAGAAUCCUGUAUGAGUCAUCUCUGAGAAUUUUGGAUGAAUUUUUGAAUCCUUGACCAUGUGGAAGCUUUUGUCAUGAAAAUUGAAAGAAGGAAGAUGUAUUUUUUUUUUUAAAGAUUAACUUGUAAACUUAUUAAUAGUUAAAGUUUCUUUUCUGUUACUCUGUACAUUUAAGGCAGGCAAAAUGUAUAAAAGUGUGUAUAGAAAUCAUGUAAUAGUAAAGAUUAUUCAAACAACUGUAAAGAGGUUAUUCUGUAUAAAAAUGUCUUGGGGGGGAGGAUGUAAAAUCAGUAUCUUUGUUUUUAUAAAACAAAUAAUAAUUGUAUCUUAUAUGCUUUGAGAUUGGGGUACCACGUAACCUCAGUCCCUGGGAAGACUGUAGAGCAUAUUCCUAGAGGUCAUGGAAAUGAAUUUCAUUUUGACACACGUGAAGGACAAGAUGGUGAUUGAGAACAGCCAUCAUGAAUUCACCAGGGGCAAACUCCGCCUAACCGCCCUGAUUUCCCUCCCUUUUGUGAAAGAAGAGAAGGCAGAGAAUGUCAUCUUUCCUGUCCUUAGCAAAGGUUUUUACACAAGCUUAUAUACUGGCCUUAUAGCCCAAUUGCAGAGAAGAGGACUGGAGGACUUAGGAGGUGGGUGGGAAACUGGCUGGACUAUCAGACUUGAUGAAUAAUGAUGCUACAAACUCAGGUUGAAAGCUGGUUACUCGUAGCAUUCCUCAGGGCAGGUACUGUUGCCAGUACUAUUUAACAUUUUCAUUAAACGCUUGGGCAAUGGGAUGAAACGCAACCUCAGUGCACUGGUAGAUGACACGAACUUGGGAGCUAUGGUUGAUAUGCCGAGGGGUAGGGUUGUCCCAUUCAAUGGGAUCCUGACAAGCUGGACUUAAGGAUCAACAGAUCUCAUGACGUUCAACAAAGACACUUGUUGUUCUACCUGCAAUGGAGUAAUCCCGCAUACCAGCAUAGGCAAGUGCAGAAGGGCGAUCUAAUUGCUGUCUUCACCUACCUGGAUGAGGAUUAAGAAAAGACUUUCCUCAGAAGUACACGUGAAGACAAUACGAGGCAACUGAAACAACUUGCAGCAAGAUAAAUUCCUGGACAUAAGAGAAACAUUUUCAUUAUGAGAGUGAAUUGAAACUGGAAACAAACAGGAACAGGUUGCUCAGAAAAGCUGUAGAACAUCUGUCCUUGGAGGUGUGCACAACUUGACUGACAAGGUCCUGACCGUUGUGUUGUAAUUUUUGAAGUUAGCCCUGCUUGAGCCAGGUAUUGGACCAGAUAAUCUCCUGAGCUUCCUCCCAACUGGAAUAUUCAUGUGAUUCAGUGACGAGUGUACUGGAGGAGAAAUGCCUGAGCUAUUAAACAUA